CGUUUUCCCUUUCCAUAUACUCCCGAAUAAAAUCCAGCAAACUCCACCAUGUCCCUGCAUCAUUCCCUCGAGCGACACAGUAGAAAGCUAGUGCACGUAUACAAAGAUGAAACAAACUCAAAUGUGGACAUAUAUUUGUGUGAUAUUUGUAGCUCUGAGUCAAUGCUCCGCUUGCAGAUGGCUCGGCAGAUACAGGAUGGUGAACGCCGAUUCUCUGACACUGCUUGAGAAAAUGGGUGGACAUCCUGGGGCUGUUAAGGUGCGAUUUCCAGGGCCCCUGUACAACUUGAUAGGAGAUGCUAAGGUGGAGGACCAGGUGAGGUUUCUUGUCUUGACCUUAGAUCAGAUCAUCAACCUCAUGGAUGCCAAAGAACACAUGAAUCCAGAGCAAUGGAAACUAGUGGAAUAUUUCCUAAAAGACCUGCACAGGCAGUCAUCUGAGCUCAAAGAAUGUGUUGCCCAAUACCAAAAGCUGUCACAUAUGGAGUCAUAUGAGAAAAAGAUAAUAAGGCACUUUAGGACUUUAAAGAAGAUUUUAAGAAAGAAGUAA